CUAACCCUCACGGCCACAAGCCUGGGACACCUAUGAUUGGACAAGGAAAAGGCGGGCCCCUACGCUUCUACCUCCGCUUCCGGUCUGAAAGCACCGGCAAUUGAUUUGUGGUCUUAUACUAAGGUGGAUGGAGGGGCGAGCGCAGACUGCCCCACUUGCUGCCCGCGCCCUGCCCUCCGCUCCCUCUUCCACGGGGGUUUGGCGGCUAGGUCACGGACAAAGUUCGGGCCCCUGCCAUGGAUGAAGGUGGUUCCCGCAUCCGUCGGCGGGUGUCUGUCCGCAAAAGGGACCGUCCUAGCCUAGCGAGCGAUUUUGCCGCCCCCGCCGCGGCCGAGCUCACGCCGGGCGAUGAGGAGGAGGAAGAGGAGGAGAUGGUGGCUGGGAACCGGCGGAGGAGGAAAACCGUGGAGGUGCAACCGGUCGAGAAUAAUGACAGCGAAGAGGACAUGCUUGGUGACUAUGACAGCUUUGCUGAAAAUUCUUUUUUAGCUCAAGUUGAUGACCUGGAACAACAAUAUAUGCAAGUUCCUGAACAUAGGAAACAUGCCUCAGACCUUGCCACUGAAGAUCUAUAUUCAGAAAACAUCAAACACAACAAACUCAGCAUUACUACUGUGGGCAGCUUUACUGAAUUAAAAACAGAUGAGCACAUAAAGAACCAGUGUAGGCAUGAAGAUGUCUCUGUUGAACCAGAACCUGAUAUUUUGUAUGAUGUACCUUCUUCACAGGUUUUAUACUUUGAAAAUUUGAAGAGCUCUUCAAAUGAUUUGGGCGAUCAUUGUACUAGAGAGAGGGAUUGGAACGCAUCCUCUCACAAGACCGUCAAUGAGGAAUUACCCCAGAAUAGUAUAGAACACCACCAGCAAAUUGAUGAUUCCUCUUCUAAAGUCAAAAGUAGUUCAGAGGAAAAUAGGAGAAAAAGUCUUAAAGAACAUCUAAAAAGUGCCAUGACUGGAAAUGCCAAGGCCCAAACGCCAAUAUUUUCUAGAACUAAACAGCUCAAAGAGACUCUCCUAUCUGAAGAAAUUAAUGUUGCUAAGAAAACAAUUGAGUCAUCAUCAAAUGACCUUGGUCCUUUUUAUUCAUUACCCAGCAAAGUGAGAGACCUUUAUGUUCAGUUCAAAGGAAUUGAAAAAUUAUAUGAAUGGCAACAUACUUGCUUAACAUUGAAUUCUGUGCAAGAAAGAAAAAACUUAAUAUAUUCCUUGCCAACGAGUGGUGGGAAAACCCUCGUGGCUGAGAUAUUAAUGCUGCAAGAACUGCUUUGCCGGCGGAGAGACGUUCUAAUGAUCCUACCAUAUGUGGCAAUUGUCCAAGAAAAGAUUUCAGGUUUGUCGAGUUUUGGUAUAGAACUGGGUUUCUUUGUUGAAGAAUAUGCUGGAAGCAAAGGAAAAUUUCCUCCAAUUAAAAGAAGGGAAAAAAAAUCUCUAUAUAUUGCCACUAUUGAAAAAGGACAUAGUCUAGUGAACUCUUUGAUUGAAACUGGAAGGAUUGGCAGUCUGGGUCUGGUUGUUGUAGAUGAGUUGCACAUGAUUGGUGAAGGGAGCCGUGGGGCUAUACUGGAAAUGACCCUAGCAAAAAUCCUCUACACUAGCAAAGCAACUCAAAUUAUUGGCAUGAGUGCAACACUGAACAAUGUUGAAGACCUACAAGAGUUCCUUCAAGCCGAAUAUUACACCAGUCAGUUUAGACCGGUUGAAUUAAAAGAAUAUUUGAAAAUAAACGAUGCAAUAUAUGAAGUUGACAGCAAAGCUGAGAACAGCAUGACUUUUUCACGUCUCCUUGGUUGUCAGUAUUCUGAUACUCUGAAAAAGAUGGAUCCUGAUCACUUGGUAGCAUUGGUGACAGAAGUUAUUCCCAAUUAUUCCUGCUUAGUUUUCUGUCCCACUAAGAAGAACUGUGAAAACGUAGCAGAAAUGAUAUGCAAAUUUUUAAGCAAGGAAUAUCUGAAACACAGGGAGAAAGAAAAACAUGAAGUGAUUAAGAACUUGAAGAAUAUCAGCAGUGGCAACUUGUGUCCCGUCUUAAAGCGCACCAUCCCUUUUGGUGUUGCUUACCACCACAGUGGUUUAACUAGUGACGAGAGGAAGCUGUUGGAGGAGGCCUAUUCCAAAGGAGUUCUGUGCCUUUUUACCUGCACAUCCACCCUAGCAGCAGGUGUUAACCUACCAGCUCGAAGAGUUAUUUUAAGAGCUCCCUAUGUUGCUAAGGAAUUUUUAAAGAGGAAUCAAUAUAAGCAGAUGAUUGGCAGAGCUGGCCGUGCUGGAAUAGAUUCUAUUGGGGAGAGUAUCCUUAUACUGCAAGAAAAAGACAAGCAACAGGUAUUGGAGUUAAUAAGCAGACCAUUGGAAAAUUGUUAUAGCCAUCUUGUUCAAGAAUUCACCAAGGGAAUCCAAACUUUGUUUCUCUCUUUGAUUGGUUUGAAGAUUGCAACAAAUCUUGAUGACAUAUAUCACUUUAUGUGUGGUACAUUUUUUGGUGUUCAGCAAAAGAUUUUGUUGAAAGAAAAAAGUCUGUGGGAAAUAACUGUCGAAUCACUUAAAUACCUGACAGAAAAAGGACUUCUACAAAAAGACACUAUUGAUAAGUCCAAAGAAGAGAUCCAGUGUAGUUUUAAUAUUACAAAACUGGGACGAGCUUCUUUUAAGGGAACUAUAGAUUUGGCUUAUUGUGAUAUUCUCUACGGAGACUUGAAGAAAGGUCUCGAAGGUCUUGUGCUCGAAAGCCUUCUUCACCUAAUUUACCUAACAACUCCAUAUGAUAUGGCUUCUCAGUGUGUCCCUGACUGGAUGAUAUACUUCAGGCAGUUUAGCCAGCUCAGUCCUGCAGAACAAAAUGUAGCUGCUCUUCUUGGAGUUUCUGAAAACUUUAUUGGGAAGAAAGCAUCAGGUCAAGCUAUAAAAAAGAAGGUGGACAAGGACAUUGUCAACAGACUGUACCUGUCUUUUGUUCUUUAUACCCUGCUCAAAGAGACCAACAUUUGGAGUGUGUCUGAAAAAUUUAAUAUGCCUCGAGGCUAUAUACAAAGUCUUCUCACUGGAGCUGCCUCGUUCUCUUCUUGUGUGCUACAUUUCUGUGAGGAACUUGAUGAGUUUUGGGUUUACAGAGCCCUUUUGGUAGAACUUACCAAGAAGUUGACUUACUGUGUAAAGGCAGAGCUAAUUCCUCUCAUGGAAGUGACUGGAGUUUUAGAGGGUCGAGCAAGACAAUUAUACAACGCAGGCUAUAAAAGUCUGAUGCACUUAGCUAAUGCAAAUCCUGAAGUGCUAAUAAGGACAAUUGAUCAUUUAUCAAGACGCCAGGCCAAGCAAAUUGUUUCAUCAGCAAAGAUGCUGUUGCAUGAAAAAGCAGAGGCUUUACAAGAGGAAGUGGAAGAGUUAUUGAGAUUGCCUUCUGAUUUCCCCAGUAUGGAGGCCUCUUCCACUGAAAAAGCGUGAAGCUGUCUGACGAGCAUUUUCAAACAUGAAUGAUUUAUUGUACAUAUUUUUAUUAGAUUCCCUAUAAUUUAUAAAUGAAAAAAUACAUUUUAAUUAUACAUUAAGGACUGUGGAUGAUGUAUGAAUAUACCUUUCACCCUGCCCACUAAUAAUCCAUCUUCUUCAAUACUUGCACAUUAUUUCUCUGCUCAAAUAUCUAGGGUCCAUCACAAAAUGAAAUCCAACUGCCUCAACAUAUCUCUAGCCUACCUUUGCAGCCAGACCUUUUAUUAUUCUCUUAUACAUUUUUUUAUCAAACUAAACUGUUUGAAAUCCCAGAAUUUUCCCUGGGAUUUCCAAACUGUUUAUUUCCUAAUUGUUUUUUGCUACCCCCAGUGCAUGAAAAAAUAUCUUUACAGUGUACUGUGUGGGUGCACUUGGGUGGCUUAGUUGGUUGAUCAUCCAGCUCUUGAUUGUGGCUCAGGUCAUAAUCUUAGGGUUGUGAGAUCGAGCCCUGC